UGAUGCCUAAUGAGAUACUUUGCUUUUGUCUGUUUAGAGUAAAAUUAGAGAUGUUAAGUCUGAUAACGGUUUUCUCAGAUCAUUAAAAUGUAACAUGUAGGAAAGGCUCGUCUAGCUGCGAGUGUUCUGCUGACAUGAAAGACGCCGAGCGCGAACGGCUGCCGCUCCCUGGGUGGAGAGGGCUAUUUUGGUAAGACAGCGGGCGGGCUUCUUGCUUAAAAUGCGAGAUCGCCCCACCUAGAUUCUCCAGCAGCUCCAGAGUAAACGGCAUUUUUCAUUUUUUCUGGUAAUAAUAAACGUGAGUCAAAAUGACAUCCUGUUAGAAUUAGUCUUCCGUCUGUAAGAGAGAUUGCUGAAUUACAGCGUUGCUUUCAAACUGCUCCAGUGAAAGUGCAGCUGACUGCUUCAGAAAGUGAGGGCUCUGGGGAGGAGGAGAGUCUUCAAGAGCUGCUUUGAAUUGUGACAUGUCUGAACCCUUGCUCCCAUCCCUGCAGCAUGAACAAGUGGCAAGUAGUUCUGAUUGCACCAUCUUUGUGUGAUGGAAGUGAAAAUCUGACAACCUCUCCACUGCAUUUGAGAACUUGAGCACCUUGAAUGUUGAAGAAGUGAAUUCUUCUAGCUGAAGUUCUCCAACUAGGAUAACUUGGUCCUGGCAAUUAACACUUGUGGACACUCACUGACCUGUCACUGACCUGUCACAGGUCAGCCCACAAAGCUCUGGGGUACAGGUCUGAAUGGACUGCCAGAGUCAUCUCAUCUCACCCUGCGCCCAGUCCCCUGCCUCCUAAGACUCAGAGCCAACAUAGGACCUGGAAAAAUCAUAUGGUGUGAACGGCAUGUCUGUGGAUGAGAAGCCUGACUCCCCCAUGUACGUAUAUGAGUCCACAGUCCACUGUGCCAACAUCCUCCUGGGCCUCAAUGACCAGCGGAAAAAGGACAUUCUCUGUGAUGUGACUUUGAUCGUGGAGAGGAAGGAGUUCCGGGCCCACCGGGCUGUACUGGCUGCAUGCAGUGAAUACUUCUGGCAGGCGCUGGUCGGACAGACAAAAAAUGACUUGGUGGUCAGCUUGCCUGAGGAGGUCACGGCCAGGGGCUUCGGGCCGCUGCUGCAGUUCGCCUACACCGCCAAGCUACUGCUCAGCAGGGACAACAUCCGCGAGGUGAUCCGCUGCGCCGAGCUGCUGCGCAUGCACAACCUGGAGGACUCCUGCUUCCGCUUCCUGCAGACGCAGCUGCUGAGCGGCGAGGAUGGCCUGUGCGUGUGCCGCAAGGAUGGCGGCCAGCGCGCGCGCGGCGCCGAGGACUCCGCGGGGGAGGACGAGGACGACGAGGAGGCCAUGGACGCCGCCGACGCGCCCAGGGCGGCCUGCCCCGCCGGCCCGACGCUUCCAGACCCCGUGAGCUUUGAUGCCGCCGCCCUCCCGGUGGCGGACAAGGGGGAGGCCUUGCUGCCCGAGACCAACGUGCCCGCGGACGCCAAGGACAGCUCGGAAAAGGACGUGCUGACACAGUACCCCAGGUACAAGAAGUACCAGCUGGCGUGCACCAAGAACGUCUACAGCGCGGCGUCGCACAGCGGCUCGGGGUUCGCAGGUGCGUUCAGUGAGGAGAGCUCCGGCAGCAUCCUCAAGCCGGGGCUGGCCAUGGGGCAAAUUAAGAGAGAGCCUCCCAGUGAAGAGAAUGAGGACGACAGCGUCACCCUCUGCCUAUCUGGAGAUGAGCCCGACGCCAAGGACAGAGCUGGGGACGUGGAGAUGGACGGGAAGCAGCCCAGCCCCGACCUGGGGCCUGCUGCCCCUGCCGGGGCCGCCUGCCUGGAGCGGGCCAGGAGCCUGUCCUCGCCCUCCUGCUUGCGGUCUCUGUUCAGCAUCACAAAAGGCGUGGAGCUGUCUGGCCUGCCCGGUACAUCCCAGCAACACUUUGCCAGGAGUCCAGCGUGCCCUUUUGACAAGGGGAUCACUCAGGGUGACCUUAGAACUGACUGCACCCCUUUCACAGGGAAUUACGGACAGCCCCAUGUGGGCCAGAAGGACGUGUCCAGCUUCACCAUGGGGUCCCCCCUGAGGGGUCCCGGGUUGGAGGCGCUCUGUAAACAGGAGGGUGAGCUGGACCGGAGGAGCGUCAUCUUCUCCUCCAGCACUUGUGACCAAGUGAGCACCUCGGUGCAUUCAUAUUUGGGGGUGAACAGUUUGGACAAAGACCUCUCCGAGCCGGUGCCAAAGGGCCUGUGGGUGGGAGCUGGCCAGUCUCUCCCUACCUCACAGGCCUACUCCCAUGGGGGGCUGAUGGCUGACCACUUGCCAGGAAGGAUGCGGCCCAACACCAGCUGCCCGGUGCCAAUCAAAGUCUGCCCACGCUCACCCCCCUUGGAGACCAGGACCAGGACCUCCAGUUCCUGUUCCUCCUACUCCUAUGCAGAGGAUGGGAGCGGGGGCUCCCCCUGCAGCCUCCCUCUCUGUGAGUUCUCCUCCUCGCCCUGUUCCCAGGGAGCCAAGUUCCUUGCCACCGAACAUCAGGAACCAGGCCUGAUGGGAGACGGGAUGUACAACCCAGUCCGACCCCAAAUUAAAUGUGAGCAGUCUUACGGAACCAACUCCAGCGACGAGUCGGGAUCAUUUUCGGAAGCAGAUAGUGAGUCGUGUCCUGUGCAGGACAGGGGCCAGGAGGUCAAACUUCCUUUUCCUGUAGAUCAGAUCACAGAUCUCCCGAGGAAUGAUUUUCAGAUGAUGAUUAAAAUGCACAAGCUGACCUCAGAGCAGUUGGAGUUCAUCCACGACGUCCGGCGGCGCAGCAAGAACCGCAUCGCGGCCCAGCGCUGCCGCAAGAGGAAGCUGGACUGCAUUCAGAACCUGGAGUGUGAGAUCCGCAAAUUGGUGUGUGAGAAGGAGAAGCUGCUAUCAGAGAGGAACCAACUGAAGGCAUGCAUGGGGGAACUGCUGGACAACUUCUCCUGCCUCUCCCAGGAAGUCUGCCGGGACAUCCAGAGUCCCGAGCAGAUCCAGGCCCUGCAUCGGUACUGCCCGGUCCUCAGACCCAUGGACCUCCCCACAGCCUCCAGUAUUAAUCCUGCACCCCUGGGUGUCGAGCAGAACCUUGCAGCCUCCCAGUGUGCAGUGGGGGAAAGUGUGCCCUGCUGCUUGGAGCCUGGCACGGCUCCCCCCGGACCCCCUUGGGCACCCAGCAAUGCCUCUGAGAAUUGUACCUCUGGGAGGAGGCUAGACGGCACUGACCCGGGAGCCUUCUCAGAGAGAGGACCUCCUCUUGAACCGAGGAGCCAAACAGUGACCGUGGACUUCUGCCAGGAAAUGACUGAUAAGUGCACAACUGACGAGCAGCCCAGGAAAGAUUUCACCUAGUGACGGGGGUCUGCCUGCCCGUCCUCACACCGCUCCUGUGUAGGCGUUCUUCAGCCAGACCGUGGCACUGCUCAUCUGCUGUCCUGAAGAACCAACAGAGAAUUUGGUGCACACUACAGUGGUCUCAGCAGCAAUACUGUUCCCGAGUAUUCCCUCCUUGUUCAGGCAGGAGUCGUAGAUAGUUACCUUCACAAUGGUGCUACCCCUUGCUCAGGCAGGGAAAGAUGACGGUGACGACACUGUCUGUCUGUGGCUUAAUUCAGUCUUCACAGGGAUGGACUACACCACCUCUAGGACCCAACCACGGAUUUUUUUUCUCAGUGGCCCAUGUCACAAACCCUAUCUCAGGAAUUUCUUCUGAAUGUUCAAUUUUUUCAUUGAAGACAGCUUCUAUACACAUCAAAGUUUUAUAGCUAGACUGUACAUAGUAUAUAUAAUAUAUAUAAAAAAUAUAUAUAUAUCCAUAUGCAAAAGUCCUGCAUGCCUCGAUUUUCUCAUCCUAAAACUGGAAACUUCAUUUUUCAUUUAUAAACAAGUUCCAACAUUCCUCCUCUUUUGUCUCUGAUGCUAGAACUAGUUUGGUAACUGUUAACAUGGUCAUUUUUCUCGCUUCAGAGUUCAAUUCACUUGUUCUUAUUUAUGGACAAAAUUCAACGUUGGAAGCUUUUUUUUCAAGGUUUUAUUUCAGACCUUUUUUGUUUGGUUUGGUUUUGGCCCCGCCAAAUGGUGUCAUCUGAGCAUUGUGGAUUUGUUUUCCAGUUUGGGUGGUUGUUUUUUUUUCCUUGCAAAUACUGUACAGUGAUGGUCAACUUUGCCACUUGCACUGAGUUGGGGUCAAACCUGUUUUCCUAAAUGAAGUUGUAACUUCACUAUAACUCAAGUAUACUGUAUAUUCUUUGCUUUUAGUUAAAAAGUAAAACAUUUUAGCUAAUUAAAAAGCACUCAGGUGAUAAUUAUGUAGGAAAAACAAUCUUGCCAAAUAAUGAAUUUAUCCUAGGAUGUGUGGAGAAAAUCUGCUUGAAUAUUUUUCUAUCUCACCUCCUCCCCACCUCUCCCUAAGCCGAUUUUAAAUGCAGAUAGGGUUCAGCCUUGACGCUGGAUGUUAAGAUUCCUAAGUGGGGAGAGAGUUUGGACAUGUCGCUCAAAAGAACAUCAGAACAGCAGGAAUCCAUGCUUUCAGACCAGAACUCAGCAGGCAAUGCUCCUAGAAAUCUAGAUAGAACUGUUUUCUCACCCAGGGAGUAAGUCCCAUCCACCUCGACACUUCAUCAGGCCUCCGCCUGCUCUUAAAAGUGUCGUACAGCAGGACCUUCACCUCCGAAGGACAUGGCUCGCCGGCCUGCUCUCCUACCCGGGGUCAGCCUCCCAGGACAUGUCGCCUAAGGGGAUGUGAAUCGCAGCCCCGAGGGCCCUGCCUCUAGGUGGCAAUGUCCUGGUUAGUGCAGCGCACCCUGGGAGGAGAGAGCCAGGCAGACUCAAGCCUGAGAUCCACCCCGCACACAAGCUGACACAUUUCUUUCUCCCUUCCUUCUCCUAAUGCUUUCAGUUGUAUUCGGAGGUUCUCCUGCCAUUCUCCUGUUUGAAGUCAGACUUCAUUCUGAGGCUUUGGACAUCAGCAGGAGCCUUCCCUAUACCCUUCCCCAAGCACACACCCACCGCACCCUCACCUGAUGAUAAUUUUCUUCUCUUGCUGCGAAACUGGUUGGCUGGCAACCCAGAGAGAGCAGCGUCCCUUGGCUCUGGGGCAUGUUGGCCCCUGGGCACGUUUACAGGAAGGUGUGCCCCCAGGAGGAGGAAUCAGCUCCCUCCCUCCCGUGGUCCCGGGCCUCCCUCCAUCUCAGCCCUGAGCAGCCCACAGGCCACUGCAGCCUGGCUGGGGAAGAGUCCUGAGCAGUUUGAUAUGGGGAUGGGGUGGUGGGCAGCGGGGAAUAGGUGGUUAACUUUGUUUCUUUAUUGUGCCAUUGUUCAGAGAAUAUUAAAGCUGCAUGUAAAAGGGGAAAUUAGUAUAUGAUGUAGGCAAAAAGUGAACUCAUAGUAACAUAUGUUUUAGUAUUAUUAACUUUUUUCUGUACAAAUAUUAGCGCUAAAUGUUUAAAUAUGUAUGAAUGCCAGAAAUUUGUUGGUUCAUGCAGUAGGAUAUGAAAAAAAAGGCUUUUCUUUUAAACUGGUUCCACUUUUAAAACCUGCCUCUGGGUUUUUGUUUUUUUCCCGUGUGUGUGUGUACAUGUGUGAGAGACAGUUGUUGGAAUUUCUCGGCCUAGUAGAACAGUUCUGUGCUUCACCAUGACAUUUACCUUUGUGGAAACGGUGACAGCUAGAAUUCAAACUCAGUGUGAACCCCGGGACACUUCACAGGUGUGUGCUAUGGUGGAGUCGUCCACGGACAGUAUUUUGUUUUUUAACUUUGUUGCCUUUAAGUGACCUCUCCUUUUAAAAAAAGAAAUUAUUUCCACUCACAUCAUAACCAGGGCCAAGCCAGCUUCCAGGCGUGAGUUACUUGGUGACAACUCACGGGCCACAUUUGAUCCCUGUCCCCAGGCUUCUGUGGUCCCACAGCCUGCACCUUUGAGGCACCCAGGAGGGGUGGGGUCUCUUUAUUCCCCCCUGACUCGGCCCUCCUCGUCCUACCAAGCCCUGCCAUAGGAACUGGUUAAAGACGCUGCUCUAGAAACUGUCUUUCGCUUUCUUAGGGGUUUUAACAUGUUAUUUCAUUCAUGAACCACCAUGAACAGUGACUAGCUGUAUGCAGUUUUGUUCAUGGGACGUGUGUGUCUCUUACUGUUCUGAGCAUGUGCUUGUCAGAAUUAUUUCUGGGUUGAUUCAAAAGGAGGACUUGCUGGGGACCUCAGCAAUCCAAACCACCUCAAGUGGAAUUUAGAAACCUGUCUCCCUGCCCUGAGACCCUGCAGUCAGCCCCAUGUCUUUCAUAAACAUGAAAAGCAAGUGAAUAGCAAGGAAUAAUGUUUGCCCGGUUUGGUGAUGUUUGUGUUCUUACAAAAAUAAAGGACCCUGCAACCAUGGAUUAUUGAGGAGGUCCCUGGUUGCAGGUAACCUGAGGCUGAUCAGCACCCACCCUAGUCUAGUGCCCCACUUGUGUCUCCAGACAACCUCCCUUUGUCCAAAUUGGUCAGACUUCGGGCAGGUGAGUACUUUGCUAUAAGUGUUUGUUUCUCUGUGUUAUUUGGGGGUUGCCUUGAAUAAAAUUGAACUUCAUCAUAUACUGAUUCUAGAACAAAACAGUUACAAAAACUUUUUAAAGAAAAAAACGAAAAGACCUGGCAAAAUUACAAGGCCACCUGCUGCUUCUCUUGUGAGUUCCCUGACGAUGACUGGAGCAUCAGAGGUGGUGCAGCAGGAAACCUUAUUUUGUAUGUCGUACCAGUAAUUUUAUUAAAAGUUUCCUGCUUUUAAGAUGCAUUAUAAUUUUGGAUGUAAUCCUUGCCUUGCUUUUCCAUGGAAAUUAAAAAAAAAAAAGGCCUAAUGAUCAGUAUGCCACCUGCCACUGCCCCUUCCAAAGGCUUCUGGGCCCAGCCACAGGACUGCGUUAGAGGCCUGGCCGGUGCACACACCACGUGAAGUUUCAGGCUGUUGUCAAGAGGCCUGAGCCCACAGACUUUUAAUAUUUUAUGGUUGCUAUUAAAGAAAUAAACAUUUGAAUACAACGAGCCUUUUAAGAAACUAAAAAAGCCUGCCCCAGGAAGCUACUCUAGAUCUUACGAGUAGCACAGUCCUAGAAAUGAGUAAAAGCCACCCACAAGGUUUCUCAAAUGCUGUACCCCAUUUACAGUAGGAAGUGACGUCAAAUUGCUCCACUGUUGCUUACAAUUCAGGAGUCUGAGAUCUAGAAGAGAGCGAGAAUCAGGUUUGGUCCUCAAAUCACUGAAGAAUAAGAUUUUUUUUUUUAAGAAUAAAGUUGUUCACUCUGUCAUGAGUUCAUAUUUCUUCCUAAAAUUGAGAAUUUUGUUGUAAGUUCAAUUUCUGGCAAGUCAGCCCACAAAACAAUGCCCUGUUUGGAGUUGGGAAGUGUGUGUGCGUGGAGGCAUUCUGUGUUCAAAGUGUAUGUUGAUAAUACUGCCCGAGCUGUCCCAUGACCCAAGCAUCAAAGACUGAUGUUAUAGAAUAGAAUUUAUUUGUACACAAAUAGUGUUUGUACAUAGCAAAGACUUAACUGUGGCAGAUUAAGGAUAAGUUAUUCAACAGACGGUGCAAAAACAUUACUUGCAAAGAAAAGUAAGUUUAUAUUUUCCUAUGCUCCAUCCUGGGAGAUAAUAUUUAUAUCAAAUUAAUGUCAGUGCAUUUUAAUUGAAAGAGGAAAAUGAUGCUGCCGUUUCGUGACGGUUUCCCACUUGGCUGGAGAGGCCACCUUUCGUAGCUUUGAUUUAAUGUUGUGACAUAGUGUCUGCGUUUUGCUGUCAAGCAAUGGAUAAACAGUUCGGACUUCCAUUUUCAUUCCAGUUUAUUGACCUCAGAUAAAAACACUGGCCCUUCUUGGAAACAGAAGUGCACAGAGACCAUUAAUUUCAGGUAGACUCGAGUCCAGUGCCGAGUGCUCCUGUGGGGAUAGUCAGACACAUGUCCUGGGAAAGAGCAAAGGGACUUGAACAGAGCGGGGUUUGCCUAAAGACAGAUGCUAAAUCUUCUACCAAAACAUGUCUGGAAGCAGAGGGGGCCUCCGCCGCGCUCGAGUCCUAAUAGUGCUUUUUGCACGCAUGAGUGCUGGGAUGCCCAUUUGCACUCUGACAUCAAAGACUCAGCACUUUCUAAUGAGUAAUCAGGAAGAUUCCAUGUGCGUUCAGGAGCUUUGAGUGCUUGUUAGAUGCAGGGACCACGGAGGCAAGCACCGCCUUUGUUUGUGAGGCCAAGAGGGCCUGUGACAAUUUGUUCCAGAACCAGUCUGAUGCAAGUGCACCUCUAAUAUUUGCCUUACGGACUCCAGAGGCCAUAUUCAAAACAGGGUCUUCUCAGUGUAUGCAAGGGGCUGCAGCCCCUCCUCUCUUCCUCCCCAGGUCGAACAAUACGGACAGUUUUCACACAUAUCUACCUGUAUAACCCUCUGUACCUCUCAUAACUGGUCAACGACUGUAACAGGUUACAUCAGGUGUUUUUCUACAUACUUUUUACACAGAUUCUAUGCGAAUAAUAUAACUUAACUCAAUGCAUCAUUUUAUUAUACUAGUUCUUAGGCUUGUCCUUAUUUUUUUUCUAAGUGAUUGUGAUUUCUCUUGUGGUUUUUAUUGUAAAGAUAAAAGGCUAUUGAUGCUUAUUCUCUGUAACUAAUUUUUACCUUUGGGAGGAAAAAAGCAUUGCUAUGAACUAAUGAAUUUAAACUUCACUUACUGUAAAUACACUAUUGUGCAAAAACAAAUUUUCACCCAAUUGAAUUGCUAGUGUUAAAUGAAUUUUGUCUAGACACCAUUUCUGUUGAUGAAAUAAAGACAUAUCAUAUGCAUUGU